GCGGCAGCAGCAGCGGGAGUUUCCCCGACAGCUGGAGGUUGCGGCGGCGGCUCCUCCUCCCCGGGUCCCCGCUAGAGCCCAGAGACCCCCCGCGCUCCUCCUUAUUGACAAACGCACAAAGGGCCGCGCCGGGGCCGGGCCGGGACGCGUCUGGAGCCGGCAUGGGAGACAAGAAGAGCCCGACCAGGCCGAAGCGGCAGCCGAAACCCUCCUCGGACGAGGGGUACUGGGACUGCAGCGUCUGCACCUUCCGCAACAGCGCCGAGGCCUUCAAGUGCUUGAUGUGCGACGUGAGGAAGGGCACCUCCACACGGAAACCUCGGCCUGUCUCUCAGCUGGUUGCACAACAGGUUCCUCAGCAGUUUGUGCCCCCUACACAAUCAAAGAAAGAGAAAAAAGACAAAGUAGAAAAGGAAAAAAGUGAAAAGGAAACAACAAGCAAAAAGAACAGUCAUAAGAAAACCAGGCCAAGGUUGAAAAAUGUGGAUCGAAGUAGCGCUCAGCAUUUGGAAGUUACCGUUGGAGAUCUGACAGUCAUUAUUACAGACUUUAAGGAGAAAACUAAGUCACCACCUGCUUCCAGUGCUGCUUCUGCAGAUCAACACAGUCAGAGUGGUUCUAGCUCUGACAACACAGAGAGGGGAAUGUCCAGGUCAUCUUCACCCAGAGGAGAAGCGUCGUCACUGAACGGGGAAUCUCAUUAAGGUGUAUUUCCUCCAGUUUCAUUAGUCUCUUCAAAACAUGCAAAUGCGUAAGUUCUGUCACCACAUUUUCAUGACAGAUUAGUCAUGCAUAAUUGAUAUGUUGACUAGAACAUAAUGCAGUUUAAAAAAAAGAAAGAAAAAAAGUGCAGCGAUAGUAACAGCAUGAAGCUGAGUCAGGGGAGGUUUAGGUUAGAUACCACGAAAGGUUUUUCACCCAGAGGGUGUUUGGGCACUGGAACAGGCUCCCCAGGGAAAUGGUCACAGCACCAGCCUGACAGAGCUCAAGAGGAGUUUGGACAACGCUCUCAGGCACAGGGUGUGACUCUUGGGGCUGUCUUGUGCAGGGCCAGAAUUUGGACUUGAUGAUCCUUUUUGGUCCCUUCCAACUCAGCUUAUUUUGUGAUUCUAUAGUAAUUUAAAUGCUAUCAACAAAUGCUUGUGAAGCAUCUUCAGACCAACUUUUUAAUCUACAUGUGUAAGGGUGCCAUGAAAAUGUGGUUUGAAUGUUCAUUAUGCAGUGUUAUCGGUAUGUCCAUUUUCACUUUUAGUUUAGUGAAUUCUAACACAACUCUUGGAAUCUCUACUAUUGGCAUGUACUGAAUUUAAAUUUUUAUAACAUAGUUCAAGCUGCCUAAAUAUGUAUUAUUUGAGAAUUGUGAAACAUAGUUAUAUGUAUGCAAGUCAAAGAUCAACUUAAUCAAUUAUUGCUGCAACAGAAUUUUCAUAAUAAUUAUCUUCUUAAAAACACCUGCUGGUACUUGGUGUGGUUAAAUAGGAAAAAUGUUAUUAAAGAAAACAUUUGUAUGGAUUUUUGCCAAUGUUUGACACAUUUUACUAGAUUACUGUUACUGAAUUAUGUUGAUGGUUUUACCAAUAUUUUUUGACACUUAAAACACUUAUUGUAAUGUUUACAAGCAAAAUAGAAAACACAUUCUAAGCAUUGAUUAGUUAACCUUGCAAUUCAGGUAAAGUACUGCAUUGUCGCUGUACACUGGUAUUUUGUGUUGUGUAACAAAUACUGAACCUCAGAUGGUGAUGCAUUUGGCAAAAACUAUUUGGAAAUAUGAAAGUUUGGAAAAGCUUUAAAAAGAACAGAUCUGCAGUUCUCAUUUCUGCUUAGUGCUGUUUCCUUGCCCCAGAUUUUUCUAGUGUCACAUAGUCACUUAUCAUUUCAAUACAGGAAUAUCAGAUGUUGCACAAGAAUAAGGAAAUAAUAAUUCUAUUAUUUUUUUGUUCCUGAAUCAAUUUCUUGAGUAUUGAAUUGGCCUGUUAGAAUAUAUUAUGUCAUAAAUCAUUGGAAAAAGACUCAGUAUCCUACUUUAUGGCAUAAGCUGUCAACAUUCACGCACUUAGCAAUAUACUGAUAAAGAGCAAAACUAUUUACAAUACCACCUGGUAUUAUGUAAAAUCACCAAUAAAAUAUUUUUGUGAAUACAGAUUUUGCAUUUUUGUUUACAACCAAUAAGUGUUUUGAUACAUACAUACAUACAAUUCAUGUAUAGAUUUUAAAUUAUAUAAUCUGGUUCAGUACAAAAGUUCAUUUAUCUCCUUUUAGUGAGGUAGGGCACUUACACUCCUGUGAGCCUUUUCUUUUUCAUUCAAAGUAAAAAUUUUUAAGCCUGUGUGAAAGUUGGAUGGACCUUCUUGGUAGUGAAUCCAGCCCCAAAUUAUUACCUACAUAUGAUAUGUCUUCUUAACGGCUUAAAAUAAUGGAUUUUUGUAGCCCCUGACAAUUGUGAUGUUUGGUGGUUUCUUGUAGUAAUGUAUUUUUCUGUUUUUAAUGCAGUACUUCUACAGGCACAAUGGUACUGUUCUAUUUUGUAAGAUGCUAGUUGUGAAAUAUAGUUAGUUGCAUAAAAUGAGAGUCUGAUGUGAUAUCUGAGAACAUACAUACCUCAUUCCUUGGUGUUGCUGUUUAAACUUUUUAGACAUCAAAUGUUAAUUAUAGGCUGUUUCAGAUGGUUAACUACUGACCUGUUUAUUAUGUAUUCUGCUUUAUGUUACUAAAAAUAGGAUGUCUGUUCAUUGCUGUUACCUGGCCAAAUUUAGUAUCUGUAAAACAUGCUUUUUAAGGUUCUUAAAUGUUUUUGGGGCCGGGCUAGUGUUCAGAAUAGCAUACACUAGUUUUUAAAAGAAAAAAAUACAUGCUUUGCAACUUUAUUUUUUUAUAUUUUAUUUUUAGAUGGGACUAUUUGCAGAAUAUACUGAUGUAAUGGAUUACAAAAGAGCUGAAACUGUUUAAGCAGUUUAAGGAUAGUAAAUCUCAUUGCAAGAAGUUUUAUGAAAUGUGUUUCUAAUUUGAAAUGUAAUGAAUUCUAACACAUUUCAGAAUUCCUUGCAAAGAAACAGUAAUCUAUUACCAGUAUUUCACUAAAUGGGAAAUGUAUUUUUAUUUAAGUUUAUGUGAAUAAACCACCCAGCACUGCCAACAAAGGGACUCUAUCUUCAGAAUUAAGUAGCUAUUUGGUUUGAAGGGAAGGAUGGAGUGGAUUUUACUAUGAUUCAACUGUCUCUAGAGAAUAAUCUCAACAAUGUGUUACAAGUAUGGUUAUCAAAAAUAAUGCAGAAAGUCUCAGUGUUCAUUAUGGAACAAGACACUGAAGAGCAAUUUCUACAACAGGUGCUGCAGAAGUCAGCUAGGUUCUUAAAAGCUGUGGUGGUUUUAACUGAACAAUUAGGUUGCCAGAGUUUUAUCGCAAUGAUGCUCGUUUUAGCAUUAAGCAAAGUUGAGUUUUUGCCUGUUGGUGAUUAAAAGAAUAUGACAAUACUGAUAGCAGAGUAGACAAAUUCUAAGCAAAAUACUGCAUUUGAGUCUGUUCAUAAUAUAAUUUAAAUGAACUUCACUUUCAUAAUUUCUAAAUAAUUUUGACUUGUAGUAAUCCUAAAUCCUUUUUUCUAACUGUAAAUAUAUUUAAAAGCAUCUUUACUCCAUUUAUAAAAAGUGAAAAUUUAAUGUUGUAAUGUGUUCUGAUUAGGUAUUUUUCUCUGUGAUUGCUCUCUGCAUAAGAACUGUUAUUUGUUAAAUCUAUAUAUGCAUCAAUCUUCAACAGCCAUACAUCCUGGGAUGUUCAUGAAAUGGUGGCCCCACAAGGACAAGUGUGAUAGUGUUCCAUGUAAAUGAGUUCCUUUAUGUGCUGAUUGAUUGUCUGGUUUCAGAAAGGAAAAGGGGGGAGAAAUGGGGGAAAAUAAGUAUAAAUAGUUCAUUGAUAAAGUGUACAGUAAUUCAGUCUCUUAUCUUCCUAACUUUGCUAUUAAUUAUCGGUGGUAUAAGAAAAAGAACAAAUAUAUAGUUGACUGAACUCUUUUUUUCAUGAAUUUAAAUCUACGUAUUGGAGAUAAAAAUUCUUCUACUCAGUAGCGGGUUGAAUUAUACCAUAUAAAAUAUUGAUUCCAACAAAGGAGGUAGUAAUAAAUAAAUUACAUUUCAAAAUUUAAUAUUCUUACUAUUAAGAGUCAAUAAUUAAGACUAUGACUGAAGUUUUAACCUAUUAUGUGUUUAUCUAGAUAUUUAUGUUUUGGGGCAUAGAUUGUAAAAUCUCAAAAAUAGUUUGAUUUUAUAAUUUGUGCACUUUACUUUUUUUUAAUAUUAUGAAUAACACAUUUUAAGUAGCCAUGUGAGACAGUACUUUCUAUAAUUUGUUCAAUUGGUUCACUAUAGUGUUUAGGCAGGUCUUCUAAACUUCAGAUGUUGCAUCUUAAAUUCUUUACUUUUUUCCUCUCCUGUCUCAGAAGCCUGACAGUUUCCUAUGUUUUGCUGAUUGAUUUUACUUUGUUAACAGGAUUGAUUUGCCACGAAGCUGUCUAUAGUGUUUACUUUUUAUCCAGGGUUCUUUAACUGUAUCUGUUUGGGGUUUUUUUUCUGUAACAUGCCUUUAUUUGGCUCUUCUCCCUCCUAGGGAGUCUGGGUAUAAUUCAUUCAAAAUCAGAAACUGUAGGGAAAUAGAAAGGCAUUUACAUUUAAUUUCUCCAAAGGCAACAGCAGGUGCUAUACUUAUAGUAAAUUUAGCCUGUGCUUACUCAGGAAUAAGAUAAAAAAGAUAAAAGUUAUUGCUGGUUUUGGCUAGUGGACCAGUCAGUUAAAUAUGGCAUUUUGAAAAUGCAUACUUCUAUCUGAAUGUUAAGAUUUGGGUGUGCUGGAAACACAGCUUGAGCUUCCAGAGGUUUUCUUAACCUGAAAUUAUGCCCCAGCUUAUGUCAGAGUAGUCUCAGUUUGGAAGGUUAUAACUUCAAACUAGCAAAAACUAUACAAAAACUGUAAAAUCAGUAAAACUGUAGAAGCUCAGAUGGUUUUUUUUUGUGCUGUUAAAGUUUUAAAACAAGGAGAAACUGUUAAAAGAGACUUAGGAGACUUGUCUAAGACCACAAUCAUAUUGAGCUUAGCUUGACAUCUAAAGAACCUGUGUUUUAACAAGAAUUAAUUGGAUUUAACCACUAAUUAAACUUGGAAAAUUACUUCACAAGUUAAUUACAAAUCAGUGCUCUGUAGAAUGUCUAGAAUGGAGUGAAUGGUACAACAGCAAUGGAAAACUGCAUGCUUGCUGGAAAAUACUAUUAUCCACCAGCAAGUCAUGUUUACAUGACUUUCCUAAGACAUUAUGCCAAAAGAUUGUGGUACGUCUGUGAACAAGGCUUAAACUUAGUGAUUACUAUUAAGAAUGAUUACAAGAGAUUGCUGUCCCAUUUGGGGUUUUGUAAAAGACAAAAUUGCAACCUUAUCUAAUCGCUCUUUGCCCCAUAUGCUUAAAAAGAAAAUUACCACCAAAAAUAUUGUUCAGUAACAAUAGUCUAAAAAGUAGUUCUAAAAUUUUAAUUAUUUUCUAGAAAGUAUGGCAGAUCUUGGCAGAUGGAGGACUAUUUGAGCAGGACUAUGUUUUCAGGAUCUAGGCCACCUGGAAAAGUGUAGUCUUUGGUUACACUGUUUCCUGUCAUGGUUUGACCCCAGCUGGCAACUAGGUACCUCACAGCCCUGUGCAUUCUCCCUCUGUGCACUGAGGGAGGGAAUUCAAAGACUAAAUCAGGAAACUCAUGGGUUGGGAUAAGGACCCAAUUUAACAGGUAAAGCAAAAGAUGCACAUGUACGCAAAGCAAAACAUUCACCACUUCCCAAGGGCAGGCAGGUGUUCAGCCAUCCCCAGGGAAGCAGAGCUCCAUCACAGGUAAUGGUGACUGGAGCAGACAAACACCAUCCCUCCAAACAUUCUCCUCUCCCUUCUCCUUCCCCAGCUCGAUGUGCUGAGCACAGCCCCACAUGGUCUGGGGCAUCCCUGUGUCAGCUGGGUUGAGGUGUCCCCUUACAAUUCCUUGUGCACCCCCUGUCUCCUCACUGGUGUGACAGUAGAAGCAGAAAAGGCCUUGACUCUGUGUAACCUCUGCUCAGCAACAGCUGAACUACCUCUGUGUUAUCAACAGUGUUUCCAGCACAAAUCUAAAACACAGCCCCAUGCCAGCUACUGUGAAGAAAAUUAACUAUCCUAGCCAAAACCAGCACAUCUGUGUAUAAAUCCUGAUCUUGUCAAAGCAAAGUGAACAUGCUUCCUCAGGCAAUUAAUACAUGUAGCUGUAGACCAAUGGAGCUCUAAUUUACAGUGGAGUUACUGAGAAGAUAGCUGAGGAAAGGAGACUAUUAAUGUAUUUUUUUGAUAACUUGCUAACCACAUGCAUGUAAUUUUCCUCUUCUGUAUGAAGAAGCAAAAGGAUGCAGAAAAAGGAAGGAAAUGUGACCAAGGCUAAUGAAAUGUGGCUCAUUACCUCUUCCCAAGAUCAUUAGAUUCUACAAACUGCAAAUUUUGUUUGGUUCAAAGACAGUCCCAGGUAUUUGUCACUAAACAAGGAUGGAGUUGUUCAAUCACUUUGCAUCUGUUAAGACAAGUGAGGGGUAAGGCCAGUUCUACUUUCUGAAUACCCACUUGUGAACACAGAGAUCUAAUUUGCCAUUUAUAUGCAUCUAAUAUAUAGCUGUCAUCAAUGAAUAAUCUAUUUCAAGCUGAUUCUUCUUUGCACAGGAUAAAUAAAAAUACUUCAAUGUCAGGCCCAGUUCCUGAUGGCACAGAUCUCUGAGCAGGAAAGUCUGGCAUGUGACUGAUCAUCUUUCUGUAGCAGCCUUCAGCUAUGAAUUAAUCUAGGCAAGGGAAAUCUCUUCAGGUUACAUGUAUUAUGUAUCAUUACUCCCACCUCUGAAGGAAGCACAUUCUGAUUCCUGAUACCUUCUCUCUUUUGUUUCUUAUAAGCACAUUUAUAGUGUAAGUGGAUGAGUGAGUUUGAAAUAAUUUAUUAUGCCUACUUUUUUACGUGGGGAAUUUGACUGCUGUUCCCAAUUCUUGAACUAUAUUUUGGUUUCUUUAAGAUCAGCAUAGUCAUACAGAAUAAUGGUAUGUGGGAGCUUAGAGGUCAGUAUCAAUUUUGUCACUGUUGCCUUUGUUUCUAUAUAAUUGACCACCUGAAGAGAGUCUUGCUGAGCAAACUUAGUUACACUGAUUCUGUACCAUUCAAGCACUCUGUCUGAGGUACCUGGCAUUCUAUGAUGCCAAUUAUCUGCAUUUUUGCAAAUGGUAUUAUUCUGUGCUGGGAGGCUUCUAAAUGUGGCAAAAUAAGCAAAAUUCUUUCCAGCUGAUGGAGGCAAAUGUUGUCAAGUAAAAUGCUUUUAGUCCCCACUGGAGAAGGAGAUCUGAGGAGCACGCACAGAUACUGAGUGCUUUCUCUGCUUUCCUACAGAAAUUCCAAGUAGGAAGCUUCUGUUUCUAAAAUGUCAACACCUUCAAAAACCCUCAGUCCAACAAAAAAACCCCCACAAAAACAGAGUAAUAAGGAGGGGGGAAAGAAGAACAAAGAAAAUGUAUUUUCAGAAUAAUCCCUAGAAGAGCCAUAUAAUGGCUUCUUUGUCUUUUUUGUGUGCUUAGUGUUCCUUUCUCUGUGUAGUGUAUUGGAAGUAGGCAGCACACACUUCUUAGAGGUGUGUCUUGCUUUAUAGUUCUUGAUGGCUGGUGGUUGAAUGACAUUUGGCCUGAAGAUGUAGGGUUUUGUGAAUUAAGUAGUAAAUACCAUGAAUAUUUCACUCUUGCAUACAAGUUAUUUGUUGAAAGGGUGGAAGCUUAGAUGAAAGAGUUAGGAACAAAAUUAAUUCCUCUCAUACAAUUAGCUACUACACAAGUUUAAAGGGUCUAAUUCCUGGACUGCUAAGAAAAAGGAUAGCUUUAUGUUGCAAGGGUGAUAAGAACCUAGACUAGAAUGGAUGUGGCUUCUGAAGAGUUUUGUGGCCAGUAAUUCAUAUGGCUGUUUUCAGUGAUUAUUCCACACCUUAACCUGUUAAUCUUGAAGCAUUGUUAGAGCAUCCUCACCAACAAAUCAAAACUACCAACAGUACUGUCAGAUGCUCUUAAAAUUUACUAAGUGCCUUACACAGAGCAUCACUGAGGCAAUGAUUCAAUUGCAAGAAGUUUGAUAAAAGAUUUACUCCUCUGGUUGAAGUCACAGGUUGUUGGUUGUGACCAAGGUUAUGUUCCCGGUUAUACACGUUAGAAUCUUACAUUUUAUUGCUGACAUGAGUACCUAAUGAAAAACAGUCCAGAAAUUUUUAGGCUUUCAAUUUGUAAAACACCCAUUGUUUGGAGGAGAUUUUUUUUUCUUCUAGCCAGUUGUGAUGGUCUACUGGAAUAUCACAGAAGUGAAUAAAACUUGUGAGUAUUUCUGGAUGCUUUCACAUUUCUCAGUUUCUCAGUCAAGGACAGUAUUACCUUUCUUGGGAAGGGGGUACCUAAGUUGGUUUUGUUCAUAGGCAUUAUGUUUAUCCAACUAGUUUUUUAAGGAUUUUAUUAUUAGAAAAAGGGCUUGUUAUUUUGAAAACAAAAAUCUUACCUGCCAGGUGUCUUCCCCAAAAUAAAUAAGUGCCUUUUCUGUUCUGACUCUUAGAAGUAUUUACUUUGACAAGAUUGAAUCUGAAUGUCCUGGAUGAACCAACUAUUAAGUACCAAGUGUUACCAAUGGCUUGAAAUCCUUUCACUGAAACAACAAGAGACAGAUUGUAAGCCACUUAAAUUGUUUUGAGAACUGAUGUUAUCAGAAGUUUUAUAAUGCUAUGAGUAGUAUACUUCUAAGAACAAUGUAACUUUUCAGGAACUUGAUAUUAAUAGGAAAUAAAUAUUUAUUAGAAGGAGUAUAUUAAAUAAAUAUUUAUUUACCAAUUUGAGUAAGAGAAAAUGUUACACCAUGUGGGCAACAGUCUUGCUGUUAGCAGUCCUGACUACUUAAUGGAAAGUAAAACUGAGGCCCUAGACUCAAACUAUAAAAAAAAGGGUAGUAUUUGGUGAGAGAUUGGAACUGUGAAUCUUGUGUCCACAUUCUAAUAAAGUAAUUUUUCCUACCUAAGUUUUUAUCAAUUCUCAAGCAGAAAAGAAAGCAUGAGCAGAUAUCAGUAAGAGGCCCUCUGGUUUAAUUGGUGCUGCUUCCUAUCUCUAGUGGAUUUUUUUUAAAUUUUUUUUUAAACUUUGCUCAGGACUGGUACAGCUGAAAGUAUAUUUUCCCUUCAUUCUUAAGCCUAGACUUUGAAUGGAGUUUCUCUGAGACACUUUUGUAGUGAAAUCGUAUUCCCUACAAACAUUGAAGACAAAAAUAAACGUCUCUGUGAAUGAAA